AUGACUAAAUUUGACUUCGGCUUUCGAAGCCGUAGCCAGGAUGGUGAGGGCGAGGGCUGGUUUGGCAAACUUCCCCAGUUCACUGUUAUCUCCCGCCCGGGGUCGUCGUUAGGGCACAGCACCCCUUCGUCCGGACUGGCAACCCCGACCGAAGAAAAGGGCCUGACGAGCUUGCAACCCUGCCCAGACAUUGGUCGACUGGCCUCCUGGAGAGGAGCCUUGAUCUUGCUGGUGACUUCCGGCUCCCAGUUUCUUGAUAAUGUUUUCAUGACUAGUUCGAACAUCGCGCUUUCCUCUAUUCAAGAAGAGUUCGGAGUCUCCAAUACCCAGUUACAAUGGAUGAUAUCUGCAUACACCUUGACCUUUGGCGGGUUCUUGCUACUAGCAGGCGUGCUGUCCGAUCGAUAUGGGAGAAAAAUGAUCCUCUGCCUUGGGCUGUUCUGGCUCUCCGUCUGGACACUCGCUAUCGGAUUUGGCCAAUCGUUUAUCCAGCUUGCUGUCUUCCGUGGUAUUCAGGGAAUAGGUGCUGCGUUGACCGUUCCAUCGGCGAUCGGAAUCAUCAGUUCCUACUUCACCGGUGUUGAUCGUACUCGGGCAUUGUCUAUCUACGCAGCAUCAGGAACACUAGGAUUCUGUGUCGGCCUCAUCUUCGGUGGAUUCCUGACCUCGUCACUAGGCUGGCGAUACAUUUUCUAUUUAAUUGUUACCAUCACAGGUUCUCUGGGUGUUCUGGGCGCUAUCGUCCUUCCCAAAGACGAACUAGCCGGGAAGGAAAAGCCGAAGAUGGAUUACUUGGGAGCGUUGCUAUCUACAGCCGGCCUAAUCCUACUCCAAUUUGUGCUUUCGAGUGGAGGCGAUUACGGCUGGAGCACCCCAUUUAUCAUCGUUCUUCUUAUCCUCGCGGUCGCCCUUCUGGUCGCGUUCACCAUUCUCGAAUGGUACAUCUCCUACCCGAUCAUGCCCUUAGAUCUGUGGAAAAUCCCCAAUUUUGCAGGACUUUGGAUCGCAGGUUUCACUUGCUACGGCAGCUACCAAAAUGUCAUCUACUACAUUGUCCUGAUGGCACAACAGGUGGACAAUCUGUCCGCCGGCGACACAGCUCUCCGCUUCCUGCCUAUGGGCGCGAUCGGGUUCAUCGCCUCUAUGGGAACAGGGAAGGCCCUCGAAUACGUAAACGGGAAAUACACUCUUAUCGCCGGGCUGGUCCUGACGGUGUUAGCCCCGGUCCCAAGCGCAUUGACCGCAACGAACUCAGAGCCAGACUUCUGGGUCAACGUUCUCCCCACAUCCCUUAUUAGUAUCACAGCCGUAUCGCUCAUCUUCGUGACAACGAGCACCACGAUCCUGACCACUGUUCCUGUUAGCGUCAAGAGUUUAUGUGGUGGAAUGCUGAACACAGCCUUCCAAAUCGGCUCCGGCGUAGCCCUCGCCAUCUCGGCCGCGGUCACAGAAGCAGUCGACAUCAAAAAGGGUCACAGCCUUGCCCAGCAGUAUGCCACCGGCCUCUGGUGUUCUGCCGGACUAGCAGGAUUAGGUCUCCUCAUUGCCAUGAUUUCUGUCCGUAGACGAGGCAUUGGACCGGGCGAUAGGAACGAUACCCCAGUUGCGAUUUAA